CCCACGCCCCAGACUCCACCACGCCACUCUCCCAGUCUCUCGCUCCAGCUCUCGCCAGGCGGCGCCCGGCGAAUCACCGAUCGGAAGGCGCAGCCAGCGGCGGUGCCAGUGACCGGUCUCCGCUCGCCGACUCAAGCGACCGCGCCCACGACCCCAGCCUGCCCGACAGCCGUCAUGCGGCCACCACCGUCGUCCUGGCUCCACCACCUCCUCCUCCUCUUCCUCGCCGCCGUGCCGAGUGCUCUGUCCAAGUCGACGCUGGAGUCCUGCGCCUCGUCCACCGCGUGCCCGGCGCUCCUCUCCUACACGCUCUACGCGGACCUGAAGCUGGCCGAGGUCGCGGCGCUCUUCGCCGCCGACCCGCUCGCCAUCCUGGCCGCCAAUGCCAUCGACUUCGCGGUGCCGGACCCCGCCAACCGCAUCCUCCCCGCCGGCCUGCCCCUCCGCGUGCCCGUCCCCUGCGCCUGCUCCGACGGCAUCCGCAAGGCCACCUCCGUGCGCUACGUGGCCCGGGCCGGGGACACGCUGGCGUCCGUGGCGGGGUCCGUCUACGGCGGGCUCACCACCGCCGACUGGAUCCGCGACUCCAACGGCAUGCCCGAGGGCGCCGCGCUCGACGCCGGGACAACGCUGUUCGUGCCGCUCCACUGCGCCUGCUUCGGCGGCGUCGACAGCGGCGUGCCCGCGGUGUACCUGACCUACGUGGUGGCCGAGGGCGACACCGUGCCGGCCAUCGCGCGGAGGUUCCGGACCACGGGGAACGACCUCAUGAGCGUCAACGACAUGGCCGCCGCCGACGUCGCCGCCGGGGACAUCAUCGUCGUGCCGCUGCCCGCGUGCGCGUCGUCAUUCCCGGCGUACACGUCGGACGCCGGCCUGUCCGUGGCGAACGGGACCUACGCGAUCACCGCCAACCGCUGCGUCCAGUGCAGCUGCGGUCCGGGCAACCUGGACCUGUUCUGUGUGCCGGCGCCGCUGGCGGACUCGACGUGCUCCAGCAUGCAGUGCAGCAACAGCAGCAUGAUGCUCGGCAACUUCACGCUCCAGAUGACCAGCGCCGGCUGCAGCGUCACCUCCUGCAGCUACGGCGGAUAUGUGAACGGGACGAUCCUCACCACGCUAACCACGUCACUGAAACCUCAGUGCCCAGGCCCGCACCAGUUCCCUCCGCUGAUGCCGCCACCGACGACGUCGUUCUUCGAGACGUACCUCGGCCCGUCGCCGACGCCGAUGCCAUCUGAAGGAGGCAUCGGCCCGCAGAUGGCUGGCAUGGCGCCGACGAGCAGCCCGCCGGUGAGUUCUAGGAGUCCUGCCCCAGCAGACCGGCGCGCCGGGGAUGUUCUUGCACUGUUCGCUCUCUCCCUCGCCGCCGCCAACUUGCUGUGGUAGCUGGGCGGCGAUGAACCUGUGAGAAUCAUGUCGAGCAGCAGAGCGAGUCCGAAAGGGCAUUCUUGUACAGGAGCAGUCGCCAGUCGGCUACUCUUUUUUCCCGGGCUCUGCGAUUGGGCCAGAUUUUGUUGGUUCUCAUUGGAUUGGUCAUUCCUGUAAAAUGAUGAGCUCACGCUAGCAUAUUUGUCUAGCACGAUUGUAUUGUUGUUCUCUGUUACCUGAA